CCAGUUGAGAUGAACCCAUGGUCCAGUUACCUGUUGGGAUGGACGACCUUCGUCCUCUACUCCUUUGAGACAAGUGGAAAUCAGAAAGAUUCAUGUGUCUUUCCCUUCAUCUACAAGGGGUCUUCCUACUUUUCUUGCAUCAAAACCAAUAGCCUCUCCCCUUGGUGUGCAACCAGAGCCAUUUACGAUGGGCAGUGGAAGUAUUGCAUGGUGGACGAUUACCCACGAUGCAUCUUCCCCUUCAUCUAUCGAGGAAGGUCCCAUAACACCUGCAUAAUGGAGGGCAGCUUCUUUGGAAGGCUGUGGUGUUCUGUCACCUCCAGCUUUGAUGAGAAACAGCAGUGGAAAUACUGUGAAAUCAAUGAGUAUGGGGGAAAUUCUUUCAGCAAGCCCUGCAUCUUCCCCUCCAUCUACAGAAAUAGCACGAUCUCUGAGUGUGUUGAAAAUGAAAGCAACAAACUCUGGUGCCCAACCACAGAGAACAUGGAUGCGGAUGGGAAGUGGAGCCUCUGUGCCGACACAAGAAUUUCCUCCUUGGUUCCUGGGUUUCCAUGCCACUUCCCAUUCAACUAUAAAAACAAGAAUUAUUUUAACUGUACCAACAAAGGAACAAAGCAGAACCUUAUGUGGUGUGCAACGUCUUAUGACUAUGACCGGGACCGCACCUGGGUGUAUUGUUGA